AUGAGUGGCCGCCCUCUGAAGGAGAUGUCUGAUAAUCACAGCAGCCCUCUCCUGCCGGAACCUCUCUCCAGUCGAUACAAACUCUAUGAGUCUGAGUUCACCAGUCCGAGCUGGCCCUCCAGCCCCCAGGACACACACCCAGCCUUGCCCCUCCUGGAAAUGCCUGAAGAAAAGGAUCUCAGGUCAUCCACCGAAGACAGCCACAUCGUGAAAAUUGAAAAGCCCAAUGAGAAGAGUAAAAGGAGAGAAAGCGGGGUGGCCCAGAGGAGCUCCUCAGCCCACGGGGGCCUCAGCCUCUUCCAAGCAGUGGGGUACCUCACCGGUGAGAUGAAGGAGUGCAGGAACUGGCUGAAAGAUAAGCACCUGGCCCUCCAGUUCACAGACUGGGUCCUGAGGGGCACUGCCCAGGUGAUGUUCGUCAACAACCCCCUCAGCGGGUUCAUCAUCUUCAUCGGGCUGCUGAUCCAGAAUCCCUGGUGGAUGGUCGCCGGCUGCCUGGGCACCAUUGUCUCCACCUUGACCGCCCUUGCUUUGAGCCAGGACAGGUCCGCCAUUGCUUCCGGACUCUACGGGUACAACGGCAUGCUGGUGGGGCUGCUGAUGGCUGUAUUCUCCGAGAAGACGGACUACUACUGGUGGCUCCUGUUUCCUGUGACCUUCAUGGCCAUGGCCUGCCCAGUUCUUUCUAGUGCCUUGAGUUCCAUCUUCAGCAAGUGGGACCUCCCAGUCUUCACACUGCCCUUCAACAUCGCCGUGACCCUGUACCUGGCAGCCACGGGCCACUACAACCUCUUCUUCCCCACAACACUGGUGGUGCCUGUGUCUUCAGUGCCCAACAUCACCUGGACAGAGAUUGAGAUGCCCUUGCUGUUACAAGCCAUCCCCAUCGGGGUCGGUCAGGUGUACGGCUGCGACAAUCCCUGGACAGGUGGCGUGUUCCUGGUGGCUCUGUUCAUCUCCUCGCCCCUCAUCUGCUUGCACGCAGCCAUUGGCUCAAUUGUGGGGAUGUUGGCAGCCCUGACAGUGGCCACACCUUUUGAGAAAAUCUACCUGGGCCUCUGGAGCUACAACUGUGUCCUCUCCUGCAUCGCCAUUGGAGGCAUGUUCUACGCCCUCACCUGGCAGACCCACCUCCUGGCCCUCGUCUGUGCCCUGUUCUCUGCGUACAUGGGAGCAGCCCUGUCCAACAUAAUGGCAGUGGUUGGCGUGCCACCAGGCACCUGGGCUUUCUGUCUCUCCACCCUCAUCUUCCUGCUCCUGACAACCAACAACCCUGCCAUCUAUAGGCUCCCACUGAGCAAAGUCACCUACCCGGAGGCCAAUCGCAUCUACUUCCUGACACUGAGAAGCUGCGAAGAAGAGAAAUCUCCCAGCGGCAGCAGUGGGGAGCAGCCACCAACAUCGGGGGGCCCUAAGGCCAAUGAGGGCUCAGAGGCCGUGCGUCCCAAACCCAGGAACGUGUUCCACAUCGAGUGGUCGUCCAUUCGGAGGAGGAGCAAAGUGUUUGGAAAAGGCGAUCACCAGGAGAAAACCGCCAAGGACCCAUCUCCCUGUCAAUACCGGAAGGCCACCCUAGAGCUGCUUGAUCUGGACACCAUGGAGGAGAGCUCCGAGAUCAAGGCGGAAACAAACACAUCCAGGCUGUCCUGGAUCCAGAGUUCCGUGGCUGCCAGUGGGAAGAGGGUCAGCAGAGCCCUUAGUUACAUCACCGGAGAGAUGAAGGAGUGUGGAGAGGGCCUUAAAGACAAGUCCCCCGUGUUCCAGUUCAUCGACUGGAUUCUCCGGGGCACGUCCCAGGUGAUGUUCGUCAACAACCCGCUCAGUGGCAUCCUCAUCGUCCUUGGCCUCUUCGUCCAGAACCCUUGGUGGGCCAUCUCGGGCUGUUUGGGAACCAUCGUGUCCACCUUGACAGCCCUCAUCCUGAGUCAGGACAGAUCUGCCAUUGCUGCCGGACUCCACGGCUACAACGGGGUGCUGGUGGGACUGCUCAUGGCCGUGUUCUCCAACAAAGGCGACUAUUACUGGUGGCUGCUGCUCCCUGUCAUCGUGAUGUCCAUGUCCUGCCCCAUCCUCUCCAGUGCCCUGGGCUCCAUCUUCAGCAAGUGGGACCUUCCGGUAUUCACGCUGCCCUUCAACAUCGCUGUGACCCUCUACCUGGCAGCCACUGGCCACUACAACCCCUUCUUCCCCACAAUGCUGCUGCAGCCGGUCUCCGCAGUGCCCAACAUCACCUGGUCAGAUGUCCAGGUGCCACUGCUUUUGAGAGCCAUCCCUGUUGGAAUCGGCCAAGUGUAUGGCUGUGAUAACCCCUGGACUGGAGGCAUUUUCCUCAUCGCCUUGUUCCUGUCAUCGCCUCUUGUCUGUCUGCAUGCAGCGAUCGGAUCCACCAUGGGGAUGCUAGCAGCUCUCACUAUCGCCACACCCUUCGAUGCCAUCUACUUCGGCCUGUGCGGGUUCAACAGCACCCUGGCCUGCAUCGCCAUAGGCGGCAUGUUCUACGUCAUCACCUGGCAGACCCACCUCCUCGCCAUCGCCUGUGCACUCUUUGCGGCCUACCUGGGUGCUGCCCUGGUGAACAUGUUCUCUGUGUUUGGAUUACCACCCUGCACCUGGCCCUUCUGCCUCUCAGCACUCACCUUCCUGCUCCUGACAACCAACAACCCUGCCAUCUAUAAGCUCCCACUCAGCAAAGUCACCUACCCGGAGGCCAACCGCAUCUACUACCUGUCUCAAGAGAGAAACAGAAGGGCAUCCACCAUAACCAAGUACCAGGCCUACGAUGUCUCCUAA